AUGCUCCCUCUAUCCCUCCUUACAACGGCCAAAGGCCACCCAAUGCUUGUGGAGUUGAAAAACGGCGAAACCUACAAUGGCCACUUAGUCAACUGCGAUACCUGGAUGAACCUCACCCUACGCGAGGUCAUUCAAACGAGUAUGGACGGGACAAAGUUUCAUAGACUGCCGGAGUGUUAUAUUCGUGGGUCAAAUAUCAAAUACCUCCGAGUACCAGACGAAAUCAUCGAUCUAGUCCGUGACCAGAACCUUGCGCAAAGAAGUGAUAACAGGAUGCACGCACGGGGUGCACCAAGAGGUGGUGCAAAUCGCGGUGGGCAUGGGUUGCAGCGUGGUGGGAUGAUGGGUGGACGUGGUGGCACUCGCGGACGAGGUGGAAUUCCUGAUCGGGGACGUGGACGGGGUGGAUCGUUGAGGGGUGGGUUCUAA